GGAUUUACAGACUUUUCAUGUUCUUUUCACUUUGGACAUAUUCAUGAUUUCCUCCAGCAUUUUGGACUGAUUUAUUUGCUUUCUGUCUUAAUCUUCAUCCCGUGAUCUUCUGCAAAAUGUCGGACAGAACAAUGGCGCGGCAAGUACUGCUGUUUAUUUGGUUUCUCUCUCUCAGUUCAGCUCUCGGGCAGGUCAGUUACUCCAUUCCUGAAGAAAUGGCGAAAGGCUCUUUAGUCGGGAACAUAGCGCAGGAUUUGGGUUUAGAUUUAAAGAGACUGAAAUCGGGUAAAGCGCGUAUUUAUACAGGAGACAGCGCUGAAUACAUCGAGCUGAAUAAAGAAAGAGGAGUCCUCCUUAUCAAAGAGAGAAUAGACCGAGAGGCGCUAUGCGGACAGACAACGCCUUGUGCGCUGCAUUUUCAGAUUAUUUUGGAAAAUCCAAUAGAAUUUUACCAUGUCACUGUCGAGGUAACCGAUAUAAAUGACAAUGCUCCUUAUUUCAACAAGCCAGAUACCUAUUUUGAAAUAAGUGAAUCUGCUGUAAAUGGGGCUAAAUUUGAUAUAGAGCAAGCCGUCGACCAAGAUGUCGGGACCAAUGCUAUUCAAAGCUACAUGCUUUCACUGAGCGAUCAUUUUUCAUUAAAGCUGCACAGUCAGGCAGAUGGUAGAAAAAUAGUUGAGAUGGUCUUACAAAAAUCAAUGGGUCGAGAGAAUCAGGAAGAUAUUGCUUUAGUUUUGACAGCGGUUGAUGGAGGCGAUCCACAUCUAUCUGGAACAACACAGAUUCGUAUAAAAGUACUUGAUGUUAAUGACAACGCGCCUGUUUUCACCCAUUCUGUAUACAAAGCCACUGUCGUAGAGAAUUCGCCGAAAGGGACAGUUGUCAAUAGAGUUGAAGCCUCUGAUGCGGAUCAGAGCUCAAAUGGUGAAAUUAUUUAUUCAGUUACCAAUACUCACGACGGUGUGCCUGAAAUGUUUGAAAUAAACAGACACACUGGCGAAUUGAGAAUAAUUGGUGAUAUCGAUUAUGAAAAAGCCAGACAUUUUCAGAUAAAUGUUAGAGCGAGUGAUCGUGGUGGUCUAACAGAUUCAAGUAAAAUAAUUAUCGACGUUUUAGAUGUCAAUGAUAACAAGCCGGUCAUCAAUAUAAUGUCAAAGUCAGCUAUGUUAUCAGAGGAUUCUAAGCCUGACACUGUUGUUACUGUUAUCAACACGCAAGACGUCGAUUCUAAUGACAAUGGCAAAGUGCAAUGCUUUAUUAAUGAGAAUUAUCCAUUCGCCUUAAGGACAACCACUACUAAUUUCUUUAGUUUAGUCACAGAUGGUGAUUUAGACCGAGAGCGAGAGUCUGAGUAUAACAUCAGUGUGACGUGCGCUGAUGAGGGCGUGCCCUCUCUCUCCAGCAGCGUCACUCUCUCCUUACAGAUAUCAGAUGUCAAUGAUAACGCGCCCGUCUUUGAGAAGAGAUCAUAUGAGGCUUCUGUUCAAGAAAACAACACACCGGGUCUUUCCAUAUUCACAGUCAGAGCCAGAGACGCAGAUUUUCACCAGAAUGCCCGUGUGUCUUACAUACUGGAGGACUCGUCGGUUAACGGAGUGCCCGUCUCCUCGUUAGUGUCCGUUAGUGCUGAUAGUGGAGUCAUACAUGCAGUGCGAUCUUUCGAUUACGAGCAGAUCAAAGAUUUCCAGUUCCGCGUAAAAGCGCAGGACGGAGGCUCUCCUCCUCUCAGCAGCAACGCGAGCGUCAAAAUAAUCAUUCAGGACCAGAAUGACAACGCGCCUCAGGUUCUGUACCCGGUCCAGUCAGGUGUUUCUGUGGUGGCUGAAAUAGUGCCUCGUUCGGCAGAUGUGGGUUAUCUGGUGACUAAAGUGGUGGCUGUUGAUGUGGACUCUGGUCAGAACGCCUGGCUCUCAUAUAAACUGCAGAAAGCCACAGACAGGGCGCUGUUUGAAGUGGGCUUACAGAAUGGAGAAAUAAGAACUGUACGCCAAGUGACAGAUAAAGAUGCUGUCAAACAAAGACUCACUGUUGUAGUGGAGGACAACGGGCAGCCCUCUCGAUCAGCUACAGUCAAUGUUAACGUGGCGGUGGCGGACAGCUUCCCUGAAGUGCUCUCGGAGUUCACUGACUUUACGCACGACAAGGAAUACAACGACAACCUGACUUUCUAUCUAGUCUUGGCCUUGGCUGUGGUUUCAUUUCUCUUUAUCGUGUCUAUCAUUGCCAUACUGUCAGUCAAAUGCUACAGAUGGAGACGUGAGCGAAUGUUUUAUAAAUCUGGAGCGAAUCUUCCAGUUAUUCCGUAUUAUCCGCCUCUUUACGCAGACGUAGGCGGCACAGGAACUUUACAGCACGUGUACAAUUAUGAGGUUUGCAGAACCACUGACUCCAGAAAGAGUGAUCUGAAAUACGUCAGACCUUGCAGUGAGAGCAUCAUUAGUCUGGACACCAGUGGAACACAGACACUCACGCAUGCGCAAAGGGAGAGACUGGCCUUUGAUGAAUGUGAUGAUCAGGUGAGAAUUAUUACCAGCAUUGCAGAAAACUCUCCAAAAGGUACAGUUUUAACUACAGUUAAAGCAUCGGAUGCUGACCAGGGACAAAAUGGUAAAAUAGAGUAUCAUAUUGCGAAAUCUUCUGGUGGCACUAACCACUUUGAAAUAGACAAAAAUGAGGGAGUGUUGAGGUUAUCUGGCGACACUGAUUAUGAAAGAGUGAAACAUUAUCAAAUUGACGUCCAAGCGCGAGACCCCGGACGCCACUCUGAUACUUGCAAAGUAAUUGUUGAUAUAAUAGAUGUAAAUGACAACAAACCAGUAAUUAAUAUAAUGUCAAAGGCAAGUACUCUUUCCGAGAAUUCAAAAUCAGGCACUGUUGUGACUAUGCUGAAUGUCCAAGACUCCGAUUCUGGUGAAAAUGGAAAGGUUCAAUGCUCCAUUAACGAUAAUAUCCCUUUUACGCUAAAAUCAACAAAUAGCAAUUUCUUCAGUCUAGUGACAGACAGUAAUUUAGAUCGAGAGCGAGAGUCUGAUUAUAACAUCAGUGUGACGUGCGCUGAUGAGGGCGUGCCCUCUCUCUCCAGCAGCGUCACUCUCUCCUUACAGAUAUCAGAUGUUAAUGAUAACGCGCCCGUCUUUGAGAAGAGCUCAUAUGAGGCUUCUGUUCAAGAAAACAACACACCGGGUCUUUCCAUAUUCACAGUCAGAGCCAGAGACGCAGAUUUUCACCAGAAUGCCCGUGUGUCUUACAUACUGGAGGACUCGUCGGUUAACGGAGUGCCCGUCUCCUCGUUAGUGUCCGUUAGUGCUGAUAGUGGAGUCAUACAUGCAGUGCGAUCUUUCGAUUACGAGCAGAUCAAAGAUUUCCAGUUCCGCGUAAAAGCGCAGGACGGAGGCUCUCCUCCCCUCAGCAGCAACGCGAGCGUCAAAAUAAUCAUUCAGGACCAGAAUGACAACGCGCCUCAGGUUCUGUACCCGGUCCAGUCAGGUGUUUCUGUGGUGGCUGAAAUAGUGCCUCGUUCGGCAGAUGUGGGUUAUCUGGUGACUAAAGUGGUGGCUGUUGAUGUGGACUCUGGUCAGAACGCCUGGCUCUCAUAUAAACUGCAGAAAGCCACAGACAGGGCGCUGUUUGAAGUGGGCUUACAGAAUGGAGAAAUAAGAACUGUACGCCAAGUGACAGAUAAAGAUGCUGUCAAACAAAGACUCACUGUUGUAGUGGAGGACAACGGGCAGCCCUCUCGAUCAGCUACAGUCAAUGUUAACGUGGCGGUGGCGGACAGCUUCCCUGAAGUGCUCUCGGAGUUCACUGACUUUACGCACGACAAGGAAUACAACGACAACCUGACUUUCUAUUUGGUAUUGGCCUUGGCUGUGGUUUCAUUUCUCUUUAUCGUGUCUAUCAUUGCCAUACUGUCAGUCAAAUGCUACAGAUGGAGGCGCGAGCGGAUGUUUUAUAAAUCUGGAGCGAAUCUUCCAGUUAUUCCGUAUUAUCCGCCUCUUUACGCAGACGUAGGCGGCACAGGAACUUUACAGCACGUGUACAAUUAUGAGGUUUGCAGAACCACUGACUCCAGAAAGAGUGAUCUGAAAUACGUCAGACCUUGCAGUGAGAGCAUCAUUAGUCUGGACACCAGUGGAACACAGACACUCACGCAUGCGCAAAGGGGGAGACUGACCUUGGAUGAUUGUGGUGAUCAGUUCAUCAGACUGGACUCAUAG